AUUGCUAACAAGGUUGUUUUCUUAAUCUCUCGGAUAUAGCAGCUAGCUAGAUCCAACACGUUUGCUCCAUCCAGGUGAGUGCGCCGACUGUAAAUGUUUCACCUGGAGGCCGGUGACGUCGACGCGCAACAUCUCCGGAAAAAGGAAACUUGGGAUCCAUGAUAAUCUUACUCCAAAUUCAGACAAGUUAAUGGCUCCUCUUUCGAUUUAACCACGUAUUCAUUCAUGACUGGUGUUCGUUAAACCGUUGCUGCUUAUGUUAAAAGCUGACUUGUUCAAUUAAUAUCACCAAUGUCUGCCUCCGCUGUGUUCGUGUUGGAUCUGAAAGGAAAGGUGCUGAUCUGUCGUAACUACAAAGGGGAUGUGGACAUGUCGGAGAUCGACCACUUCCUGCCACUUAUGAUGCAGCAGGAGGAAGAGGGGCUUCUCUGUCCAGUUCUGACCCAUGGAAGCGUUCAUUUCCUCUGGAUAAAGCACAGCAACCUCUACUUGGUGGCCACAACCAAUAAGAACUCAAAUGCUUGCCUUGUGUAUGCUUUCCUGUAUAAAAUAGUGGAGGUGUUCACAGGGUACUUUAAGGAGUUAGAGGAGGAGAGCAUUCAGGACAACUUUGUGGUGGUGUAUGAGCUGCUGGAUGAGCUGAUGGACUUUGGCUUCCCCCAGACCACUGACAGCAAGAUUCUUCAGGAAUACAUAACCCAAGAAGGCAACAAGCUGGAAGUGACCAAGACCAAAGUACCCACUACAGUCACAAAUGCUGUCUCAUGGAGGUCUGAAGGCAUCAAAUACAAGAAGAAUGAGGUUUUCAUCGAUGUCAUUGAGUCCAUUAAUGUCUUGGUGAAUGCGAAUGGGAGUGUGAUGAGCAGUGACAUCGUAGGGAGCAUCAAGCUGAAGACCAUGCUGUCUGGAAUGCCCGAGCUGCGACUAGGCCUGAACGACCGCGUGCUGUUCGCCCUCACCGGCCGGGACAAAGGGAAGACCGUGACGAUGGAGGACGUGAAGUUCCACCAGUGUGUGCGCCUGUCCCGCUUCGAGAACGACCGCACCAUCUCCUUCAUCCCCCCCGAUGGGGAGUCCGAGCUCAUGUCCUACCGCAUCAACACCCACGUGAAGCCUCUGAUCUGGAUUGAGUCGGUCAUCGAGAAGUUCUCUCACAGCAGAGUGGAAAUCAUGGUGAAAGCAAAGGGGCAGUUCAAAAAACAGUCUGUGGCUAAUAAUGUGGAAGUGAGAGUGCCGGUCCCAAGUGAUGCUGACUCCCCCAAAUUCAAAACCAGCACGGGACAUGCCAAGUAUGUUCCGGAGAAGAACCUGGUGGUGUGGACCAUCAAGUCCUUCCCCGGGGGAAAGGAGUUCCUGAUGCGUGCCCAUUUUGGGCUCCCCAGCGUGGAGAAGGAUGAAAUGGAGGGCAAGCCACCAAUCACUGUCAAUUUUGAGAUCCCUUAUUUUACAGUUUCUGGGAUACAGGUUCGAUAUAUGAAGAUUAUUGAGAAGAGUGGCUACCAGGCCCUGCCCUGGGUGAGGUACAUCACACAGAGUGGAGAUUACCAACUACGGACUAACGCUUAGUCUGCUGGUCACUCCUGGAUCCCUGUGCAUACACAAGUGCAGGGGAGGUCACAGAGCAAUGAUCAAGAAUCCUGCCUCUACACACCCUUACACAAGUCUUGAAGCUUGAGGCUGGGUAAUAGCUUGGCGCUGUUUUGUCUAGAUUAUGCUACCCUUUCAAAUUGCAAUUACUCCAUGAACCAAAAUGAAUUUGUAGAUAAUAAACAGAGUAUGCUCCAGAUUUUAAUUACUUGUGGAAUGAUCUCUGACCUUUGUGCUGUUUUUUGUGAUAGUUAUUGGAUUGUUUUGUGUGUUAUAACUGAGUUGGUUGAUUAUAUUUGUUUUAAAUAUUAUUUUUUAAAAGUUUGCUUUAAAUGAACUUGAAACUACUUAGUUUUGUUACAAUUUAAUGGAUGCAAUGGCAAAAUGCAAAAUGAUUUUGUGCCACUUAUUUUGUGUUUUCAAUUAAAGGAAUGCACUUGCA